CUGAACAAUUGCAACAAUGACAGGGUGUUGAUGAAAUAAUUUAUUUCUUUUUUAUUUAUUUUAUUUUAUUUGAAGGUGCUGCAUGUUUGAAAAUGAAUGCCGCAUCUACGACGCAAAUUUUUAGAAGCAAAAAGUUCAUCACAAUUGUUUUAUUCGGUUUCUCCUUGAUAUAUUUUUUUAAAAACAGAUCGUUUGAAAAGAGUUUGUCGCAAUCAGUGCUCCAAACAAACAAUACAGAGGCUAUAAUAACAAGCAGAAGUCACGUACCACCGAGAAACAUCGCAGCAAGUCACACGUUCACAACCAGUAAACCCUUUUCGACUAACGCAACAUCUGGAGAUGGCUUGCACGGUUCUCUUUGUCCUGAUACAUACCCAGCUAGGCAAGAUCACCUCACAAUUUCCCAAAGCAUGGUGUCAGAUGGACGGAAAUUGUUUGUAGUUGGAGAUGUGCACGGAUGUUUCGACGAGUUGCAAGAGCUAUUGAAAAUGUCAAAUAUUUCGUGUCGCACUCACCUCGUCAUCCUCUGCGGGGAUGUCAUCAACAAAGGACCAAAAAGUCUGGAAACCCUACGAUACAUUCAAUCUCACAAGGACUGUGUUUUUUCUGUGCGAGGAAAUCAUGAGCAAGAGCUUAACAGAUUUUUGAACGAAGGCAUGCCUUACAGUUAUAACAUCGAAUCAAUCAAAAAUCUAUCAACAAUGGAUGCUAAGUACAAAUGGGCAACAAAACUUGCGAAAGAAGAUAUAUGUUUUUUGAGCAGACUUCCCUAUACUAUCAACCUACCGAGUUUCAAUGUUUUAAUAGUUCAUGCUGGUUUGAAGCCAGAAGUCCCUAUCAACAACCAGUCACAAACAACUAUGGUUUUCGCUACAACGUUGGAAACAAAUUUUAGUAAUCGAAGUCUCGGAAAACAAAUUAAAAGACAUCUAAAUAAAUCAAUUCCAAGGCAAACCUGGGCAUCACUGUGGACUGGCCCUCAGCUAGUUAUAUUCGGCCACGACUCAUCAAGAGGCUUACAAAAGCACAAAUUUGCCAUUGGGCUAGACACGGGAUGUGUUUACGGAAAAAAAUUAACUGGAGUGGAAAUCGCCAUUGCCGAUAAAAACUUGACACAGCGAUUUACAAGCGUAAACUCUUUCGAAGAUUAUGUUAAAAUAAAAUUAUGACAGUGAAACGCAUCAAACGUUAAAGCACCAAUCCACCCUCAUGAAAGUUAAAUCAACAAGAAUCAACGUCAUUAGGUAAGUAUUUGCUUCAAUGAAAUCAGUGGCAUUGAAAAUCAGAAAAAUCACCAAAAUGCCUUAAAAUCUACGUUUCAAUAAAGAUAAUUCAAUUUGUUAUCAAAACCCAAAUUGUAACUCAAUGUUACACAAAAGAAAAUCAGCAUGAAUCAUUCAAAAACGCGUGCAAGAUUUUUUUCUUUUUAGGUUUUUGUAUGUAUAUCUUUAUUUUUGUAGUGAAAUUUAUAAGAAAGUCAGUUACAUACGAACGUCUUACAUUUUUUAAAACAAGAAUAAACUAAAACUGGUUUAAAAUUUUUUGAUUCGAGUGUUUGAAAAAUAUAAAAUGCGUCAAAUUUUUGAAUUAAAUGAGCUAAAAUAGCAA